AUGAACGACCCGUCUGAUGAAAGGCCACUCCCCUCAGGGCCUACUGCUGCCUCUUCUGCUGCUGUGUUACCAGCAGCUUCAUCUGCAGUGGAAGAUGUAGGGGCUGCUGCUGCUGCAGCGGGGAAGUCUCAGCCCGUGCUUGCUGUUGCUGCCCCGUGGGACUCUACGCCAGACGCCGCCGCUUCGACUUGCGUUUCAGGCUCAGAAGGGUCUCUUCCAUCCAGCAGCCAGCAACAGCAUGAUCAGCAGCCUCAUCAUCACCAGCAACAGCAGCAGCAGAAACUCGAGCGAGACGUUCAGUCCCCUGUACACUGUACAGAGGCACGUCCCGAACGGCCUACUGCUUCGGGCUCCGCAGACACUGCAGCUCCGCACAGUGAGCAGCAACAACAGCAGCAGCAGCUGCUGCAUGUGCAGCACCCGAGUGGCCUUGCGCUUCAUGUUGCUACUCUGAAGCGCCCCCAAGGCAACAAGGGCGACGGCAGCGACGCGUGUGGGGCCCCUCCGGCCCCCGUGUCAUCUGAUGCAGUCUCCAGUGUUGCGGCUCAGCAGCUGCAACGUGGGAGCAGCGGCAGCAGCUGCUGCAGCAGCACAUCUAUUGGAGGCGAGCUGAGGGGGCUCAUCAAUGCCCUUUCCUCUGUAGAUGCAGCAGCAGGCAGUGGUGAACUGCAGCAGCUGCUGCAGCAGCUGCUGGCGGAGCGCGACUUGUACAAAGCAGCCUUCGGCGCAGCCAAAGAGGAACUCAAGGACUUGGAGUGCCGGCAGCAGCAGCUGACGCAGGCGCUGCAGCAGUCGGAAGACGAGCGACGACAGGAACGCAUGCAGCAUCAGCUUGCUGCAGCAACAGCUGCAGAGCAACCUGAGGCGGAGGCAGCAGGGCAGCAGGAUCCCGCGCAGCAGUGGAGCAACAGCAGCAGCAACAGCAGCGGCGGCGCCCCACAGCAGCUCGCUGACUCCAACGGCAACCCAGCGAGCAGCACCUGCAGCAGCGCAGAGGGGCCCUACAACUGGCUGCAUCAGCUGCAUGCAUGCAUCGCAUCGGGGACGUAUCCGCGGCCGGAACUGCUGCAGAAGAGUGUUGAGCAGCAGCAGCAACUCAUCAGACUAGCUGAGGGACUGCAGCAAGAGAGAGAAAGCUACGUCGAAGCAGUGGCCUGUCUCCACGCUCAGUUGCGGGAGGCGCGUGAAGACGUUUCCUUAUACAUGUCUGCGCAUGCAACGCAUGCAGCAGACCUGACAGCUGAGUCAGAUGAAGCUCUGAGAGCAGCUGACCUGUGGCUGCAGCACGCCCUGCGUGUUGGAGCCAAGUGCAAGUUCUGGGGUGUGGGGUCUGUGCUGCACAGCCAGGAGGCCGCAGCAGCAAGUGCAGCAGCAGCAGCAAGAGCCCCUACAAUAUCUCGUGUAUGCGGCAGCGAAACACAGUCGGAGGCUUUCUCUGCUGCUGCUGCUGCUGCACUAUCUGCUGCAUCCGAGCCGAUGCCUGGUGUAUCUGUAGCCCUUGCUUCUGCUGCUUCUGUAUUUUGCGUGCAAGAAGAUGACUCUGUAGGAGACGAAGACGGGCAUGCAGGUGCAGUGGGAGUAGGAACAGCUGGCUCUGCAGCAGCAGCAGCAACAGCAGAGCUGGAGCGGCUGUGGUGGGGGCAGACAGGAGAUGCCUUUGUUGAGAGGCAGCAGCUGCUGAAGCUCAACCGGCAGCGACAGCGAAACAACCGCCUUCUUUGGUUCUUAGAGUGA